CCCGUUAUCGAGUUUAUCACGACGGCGCUCGUUUGAUAGUCUCUAUCGUGCUGUUCACCGGCACGAUACGAUCGUACGGAAUUUCUCGCUUUUCUCCAGACUCGCAGUUUGUGCGCGACACAACAAACGAAUUCGCGUAGUUUGUCUUACGUUUGCCGGACCGUAUCGCCGCAGUGACACGCGUACGACGUAUCGCUCACCGUGUACGUACGUGCGCGAAUACACACACGCACCGCGAGACGAAAUCGCGGCGGUCGUCGUUGUCGUGAUCGCGAGUAGUAAUCCAGUGUCGGCUGUGCGAUCGAGACCACCGGCGGCGGCGACGGCAUCACCACCACCACCAACACCGCCGCCGCCAUGAGGAUCGCCGUGCAGGGAUGCGCGCACGGCGAACUGGAGCGCGUGUACGGCACACUGGCCGAAGUCGAGCGUAGGACAGGCGUCCGGACCGAUCUGCUAGUUUGCUGCGGGGACUUCCAGGCGGCCCGGGACGCCCGCGACAUGGAGUCGAUGGCCGUGCCCCCGAAGUACAGGCGCAUGGGAUCGUUUUACAAGUACUACACCGGCGAGCUGGUCGCCCCGGUCCUCACGCUGUUCAUCGGCGGCAACCACGAGGCGUCGGCGCACCUGCAGGAGCUGAGCUACGGCGGCUGGGCCGCUCCCGGCAUAUACUACCUGGGCACCGCGGGAGUGGUCAACGUCGGGGGCGUGCGGAUCGCCGGCCUGUCGGGCAUCUACAAGGGCGGCGACUACGCGCGCGGCCGGCACGAGCGGCCGCCGUACGACGAGCGGACCAAGCGGAGCGUCUACCACGUCAGGCAGCUGGACGUGUUCCGGCUAAAGCAGCUCCGAGAACCCGUCGACGUGAUGCUGUCGCACGAUUGGCCGCAAGGAAUCGAACAACACGGCGAUCUCGGGCAACUGCUCAGGUUCAAACCUUUUUUCCAAAACGAUAUCGAUGAAGGAAAGUUGGGAAAUCCACCAGCUAGAGAACUACUAAACAUUCUCAGGCCCACUUAUUGGUUUUCCGCCCAUCUCCAUUGUAAAUAUGCCGCCGUCGUCGAUCACUCGUCCGAUGACGACCAAAUGCGAAAACAAACGAAAUUCCUGUCGUUGGACAAGUGUUUGCCGGGAAGACGUUUCCUGCAAGUGCUGGACAUCGCCCACGAUGCGUCCGGGCCGAUCCGGUUGCAGUACGACGCCGAGUGGUUGGCCGUGCUGAGGAGCACCAACGGCCUGUUGAACGUCAACAGCAACGUUUACUAUCUGCCGUCCGGCGGAGGAGCGGCGGCGGGAGGUCCGUCGUCGUUUGACGGCGAGAGGUACGACUUUAGUCCGUCGCCGCAAGAGCGGAGCGCAGUGCUCGGUCUGUUCGACGACGGCAGUCUUGCGAUACCCGAAAAUUUCGUUUCCAACGACGCGUACCGCCGGGGCGUCGGCGUUGGUGCUGCGGCGGCCGCGACGACCAAUCCACAAACCGAGGCGUUCUGCCGCCUUCUCGGCGUGGACGAUCCGUUGGCGUUGGUGUUGGGCGGACGGCGGCGGGCCGAGAGCGGCGGUCCGACGGCCGCCGACCGACUCUUUGCGGCGUUCGACGACGACUACUCCAUGAUCCCGGACGACGACGACGACUACUCCAAGAACCCGGACGACGACGAUGGCGACGGCGUAGUAGUAGUGCAACGAAACUCAACGUCGCUCGUGUUGCCCGAACCUAAAAACGACCGCUCGGAAGACGCGAGUUGUGCCGAAAGGAACCGUCCGCCCGUUUGGACACCACCACCACCACCCGAUGCUAAAAACGACGAAAACUCGCCGCCGGAAUCCGAUUGUCGUCACGUGGAAAAGGACGAAAGUUCCCGUUGCAGAUCAGACGCGCUCACCGGCGGUGGCAGCGGCGGCGAUGGCGACGACGCUGAAAUCGCUCGUGUCGUCGGAAGCCGCCGAGAGGACGAGGCUGUCGGCCGUGAACGAAUCGAACCUAAAACGCUGAAAAGAAGAAAUUAUCAUCGAGAAGACGACGGCGGCGGCGGCAGUGACUGAUGUGGAAACUGUCCAGUCUCUCGACCUGUCAACGAUUUUUUUUUUUUAGCACGCGUUUUUUUAUUUCUCACUAGUAGACUGUAUGAUGUGCAUAUUUUAUAUUGACGUGUAAAUAUUCAUAUAUGUGUACGAAAUGACGUUCAAAGCAAAGCCAUAUGCGUUUUUCUAUGUGUUAUAAAAAUUUAUCACGCGUACACGCUGUUGUGUUCUGUAUAAUAACGCUGGUGUCUGGCGUUAUUUUCGAUAGAGACCGCUGAAUACUUUUGUUAAAUGCUUUUUUCUAAAUAAAUAAUACAGAGUACAUUUUUGUUAAA